AUGCCCGAUGGAAGUAUUCUAAGUUUCAGGCUGUCUCCACCCACAACUCCCAAUAAAGGUUGCUCCUCACUUUACAAUCGAUCAGCGACUUUUCCAGGCCUUUCUGCAGGCAUACCUCCGCCUCACUUUGCUUAUACCGGCAAUUCUGGUGGGGAUAUACUCCACAAAGACUCAACUACAUCAGUAUCUGAGACAAUGUCCAAUAUGCAACUUCAUGAGCGUCCUUUACGACACUCCGUUCUCCCUGAGUCGGAAGAGCCAGUGAGCCCAAUACCUGACAGAAUGUUUGCAGAAAUUCCGGGGUACCAUUUGAGAUACUCAGAGCGUGAGCAUGGUUCUCCAAGAUCUCCAGGGUCGCCGGCCAGAAAAAUGUCAAUGGCUUUUCCAGCUCGUUCUCCUUCGUCCUCGCCCAAGUCCCCAGGAUUUCACAACAUGGGGCGUAUUCCAUCCAUAUCCAAACUGAGAGAAAGGGCGCGGAAGACUUCCACUCCGUAUACCAGGGCCCGUAGUACCAUGGGAUCUUCAUCAGUCUCAGCUGACGACAGGGAUAUACUUCCAUAUGACACGUUCAAAGUUUCAAAUAAGGAUAAAAUGAUUGAAUGCGGGUGGCAGGGGUGUAAAUCACAAAUUAGAAACAACCAAGACGCUCUUCAGACCCACCUUGGGCGACACCACAUGAAUAGCAAUGGUGGGAAGUGCCAGUGGGACAACUGCACUGACGAUACAAAGUUCUUCAUUGCAGAAAACCUGGCAAAGCACACCGCGGCGAAGCAUGUGGCAACGUAUUUGCGAACAUGUCCUCUAUGCGGUACAUCACUGACUCCCCAGGCAGUUGCAGCCCAUAUGAAGGCAGAGCAUGCGGAAAAGGUAUUGUAUAAGUCCUAG